GUGCUUUUGCUCUUGGUGGGUUCUAAGGGCUUGCUCUCGUUGUGUUUCCAGCUUUGACAUGUCUGUGCUCCGACUGCAAACAAGCCAACUCCACCUGUGAGACGGACGGCGCCUGCAUGGUCUCGGUCUUCAACCUGGACGGGGUCAAACACCACGUCCGGACCUGCAUUCCCGAGGCCAAGUUGAUUCCUGCUGGGAAGCCCUUCUAUUGCCUGAGUUCGGAGGACCUGCGGAACACUCACUGCUGCUACUCCGAUUUCUGCAACAAAAUCGAUUUGAUGGUUCCCAGCGGGCACCUGAAGGACAACGAGCCCCCGUCGAGCUGGGGUCCCGUGGAGCUGGUGGCGGUGAUCGCCGGGCCCGUGUUCCUCGUGUUCGUCGUCAUGAUCAUCGUGGUCUUUGUGUUCCAUCACCACCAGCGAGUCUAUCACAACCGCCAGCGGCUCGACAUGGAGGACCCCUCCUGUGAAAUGUGCCUUUCCAAGGAUAAGACCUUGCAAGAUCUGGUCUACGAUCUCUCCACCUCCGGCUCGGGCUCAGGUUUACCGCUGUUUGUCCAGCGCACCGUGGCUCGGACGAUUGUCCUCCAGGAGAUCAUUGGCAAAGGCCGCUUCGGGGAGGUGUGGCGAGGCAGGUGGCGUGGGGGCGACGUGGCCGUGAAGAUCUUCUCCUCCCGUGAGGAGCGUUCCUGGUUCAGGGAAGCAGAGAUCUAUCAGACUGUGAUGCUGCGGCACGAGAACAUCCUGGGGUUUAUUGCUGCGGAUAACAAGGAUAACGGGACAUGGACUCAACUGUGGCUCGUCUCCGACUACCACGAGCACGGGUCCCUCUUCGACUACCUGAACCGCUACACGGUGACCAUCGAGGGCAUGAUCAAGCUCGCCCUGUCUGCUGCCAGCGGGCUGGCCCACCUGCACAUGGAGAUCGUGGGCACUCAGGGGAAACCCGGGAUUGCUCACAGAGACCUGAAAUCCAAGAACAUCUUGGUGAAGAAGAACGGCACGUGUGCCAUCGCUGACCUGGGCCUGGCUGUCCGGCACGACUCCGUCACGGACACCAUUGAUAUCGCACCCAAUCAGAGGGUCGGCACCAAACGAUACAUGGCCCCAGAAGUCUUGGAUGAAACCAUCAACAUGAAGCAUUUUGAUUCAUUUAAAUGUGCCGAUAUCUACGCCUUGGGCUUGGUCUACUGGGAGAUUGCCCGAAGGUGCAACGCAGGAGGUAUCCAUGAGGAGUAUCAGCUCCCCUACUACGACCUUGUGCCCUCUGAUCCUUCCAUCGAGGAGAUGCGGAAGGUCGUGUGUGAUCAGAAAUUACGGCCGAACAUCCCCAACUGGUGGCAGAGCUACGAGGCACUGCGGGUGAUGGGCAAGAUGAUGCGGGAGUGCUGGUACGCCAACGGAGCCGCCCGGCUCACCGCCCUCCGCAUCAAGAAAACCCUCUCCCAGCUCAGCGUCCAGGAAGAUGUGAAAAUUUAGGCUCUGAGCCUCAGCAGGAAGAAACUGCACAGGAGCUGCCGUGCUAGAGUAGACAUGUGAUGGAGGCCUACCUCGUGUUUCAGCCCAACCUACUGCUACAACCAGACAGCGGGACCUGCAGGCUGCGAGGCGGGGGGGGACGGAGCCUACGGAACCGCUCUCUUCCCUGCUUUGGGUAUGAAACAAUCCGAAACCUUUUGUGAUCACCUCCCGAGAGCGUGGAGACUCGAGAGGGGAUUUCACCCGAGGGAUCUCAGCCAUGGUCGUAACUCUUUGUUCCUUUAGCGGGAAUCCCUGUAAAGUUCAGCGCGCGCUGGGCACCCCUUGCCGGGGUCGGGGCCAACCCGGGGUGCCCGGUUGCCGGGAGCGGGAAGGGAAAAGGGAAGGUUUUUUUCUUGCCGUUGCUCUGAGGAUUUUUCCGGGGACUGGCACGCCGAUGCAGGAAAAAAAAGCGAAAACAAAUGGUGCUCCCUUUUCUGAGAGGCUGAGCCGGAACAGUUGAUCAGCUUCACGAAACCGUUUUCCCCCCCUUCCUCCUUUUUCUCUUAAGCUUGAAGAAGUCCAGCUGAGCGCCCCGGCGGCCGUCGGGGCGCCGGUGUCUGCAUGCGCGAGGCGCGCGUGUCCCUGUGCCUGGUCAUCUCCUCCGUAGCCGUGCCGGUGUCUGCCCGUGGGGUGGCUCAUCUCUGUCCGUGCUUCCUGUGCAUGUGCAAAUCUCGAGUUGUCCCGUUUGUGAGCUGUUGCUGGUGCUCUCUCCUGUGCUGAGUUGUGAGCGUUGUGGAGCUUGGACAGGCUGCUGCAGAGCGGAUCCUCGGCUCCCCCGGUGGGGAACGUCCCCGCCAGGUCACCUCACUGCCACCCUGUCCCUUUUUUAAGACAAAAUAGGAACUGAGAAUCACUCCUGGAAUCCAGGGGUUUGGUGUUUUUUUUUUCUCUCGAACCCCUGGGGUUUGUAAUUCUUGGUAGGGGGGAGCUGAGAUGUGUCAGAGAUGGAGCAGGCUCUGAUAUCCCUUUCCCUGCCCGGCCUGCAGGGAAAGCAGGGGACAGUUCUCCUGGGAACACAAUUCCCAAGUCCACCAUCCAGGCAGAAUUCUGGGGUCUGAUCCACGGGAUGCCGGGUGCUGGGGGUGCUCUGCACCUCCCAAAGGCGCCGGGCGGGAUCUGACAGCGGGUGUGGGUUGGGAAAUCAACGUCCAUCUUUUUAAUAUAGGUGUAUAAAUAUCUCCUGAUGUGGAAGUGGCCAUGUCUUAAGUGUGGGGUGGGGGGGGCCUGCAUGGAUUUUUUUUCAUUCAACGUUGAAUCCGGGUGAGGAAGAGGUGGGAUGACUUGUCUGCAGUGAACAUGGAAGUGAGGGCUGAGGCUGCCCUGCUGAUCUUGGCAGUCGUGGUGUGGGGGUCAGGUCAGUGUCUGCGGUAGAGAACUCUGAAGCCAUAACUUUUAACUGGAGUGGUUUUGAUUAUUAUUUUUUUUUAUUAUUGUUGUUGUUAUUAUUAUUAUUGUUAUUAUUAUUAUUUUUCUGGGAGGGUCUGGAUUUUAACUUUUUUGAAUAUUGUUAAUUCUUUCUAAGAGAAGAAAAACAAUCUCUAGUUAUUACCUCUUGACCUGUUGGUUUGUAAAGAAAUCACUGCAAAAAAAAAAAAAAAAAAAAGGAAAAAAACCAAAUGCACAGCUCGAUUUACACUGGAACUGUUUCUACUCUGACCUUGCUCCUGCUCUCUAAGGUGAGGUUUCAUCUCUGCUCCGGCUGCCGGGGUUAAAUCUUUAUUUCAAUCCCUCUGUUCUUGCUGUCUGUGUCCCUGUCCGUGUGUCCCCCCGACUCCCCCGUCUGUCUGUGACCUUGUGUAAAGUGAGGAGUGUGGUUUUUUGCAUCGUGUUAGGAGCCCUUGCUCAUCCCCCCCGAGGAGCUUGGAGCGGCGCGGAGCUCCCGGAGCGGGAUCGGGGUCCAGCUCCCCGUCCCAUCCCAGUUUAUCUCGGCUCCCAGUCCCAGCCAGAGGUUCCCACCAGUCUCCAUUUCCCUGAAAACCUGCGUUUAGAAACCCAGGGGUUGGCGGGCACUGCCCAGCACUGAGGACUCUCCAGCUGCUGGCACAGGCCCCGGGGAUGCCCUGGGAGCUGGGGAAGGACGGGCCGGGCAGGAAGGGACGUCCCCCACUGGUAGGUACUGCGGGCUCUCCCUCGGGUCUCCCAUCCCUGUGACCUUGCAGGCCAAUUCCCAGGGACGCUCCGUGGGCUCCGGAACUUGCACUGACUCCCCCCCCCUUCCAACUGUAGCCACACAUGCACCUGCCUCAGCGCCAAACCAAACAGCGCCCGGCGCGCGGGGUCGGCCCGGGUCAGGCAGAAGGGACGAGGGAAGGGCGACACCCCUGUGAGCAGCAUCCUAGGAAAGGAAAAGCCUUGUUUGGGAGAGACAGAGAUGGGGAAAAACCAAGCGGGAUCCGCGGCGGGAGCGCUGACCAUGUAGCAUUUACACAGCACUUUCAUGCAAAGCCGUGCCCGGGGGGUGCCAGCGCUCGCCCGAGCUGGCUGGGAACACACAGGAAAGUCAGCACAUAGGAAUCUCUGCCAGGCUCCAAAGCCUUGCAGCAGCUCUGGGAAAAAGCAGCAUUCCAGGCAGUCCCGAGGGGAGCCCGGUGCAGGACGAGGAGGGGGGUCCAUCAGCGGUACGCGGCUGCAGGACAGAACUCUUGGUACUUCUCUGCCCCUUUGAUUUGUUUGGUUUUGUACAUUUUUUCUUAGCAAAGGACUGUAAGAAAAUAGCCACUUAGCCACUUUACCUCUUCAGUAUGCAAAUGUACAUACGGUGUAAGAUAGGAAAUCUUUUGUUUAAUAUAAAACCAGGCUGUCGAUUUCUGCUGUACAUUAUUAAAAGUUUGUUUUAUUCA